CUUUCUUUCUUUGGUGUGUGUGUGUGACAUAACAGAUAACCUCAACAAAGUUUGCUGCUGUGCCUUAGAAAGAUUUCUAUAGAUUUGAAUUGAUAUUACCGCACAAUGAUGUUUUAAAACUCUGUGUCAUAUAAUUGUUAAUAUAACUAAAAUAAUAUACAUACCAAGCACGUGCACCAGCUAAGAUGUCAUCUCUUCUAAGAUCCACUAAAUUUGUUCGCUAUUUUACUGGAGCCGCGAGAACAUUAAUACUAAACGCAGCAAAGACUACCGAAACCGCUACUUUGAUUAAUCCCAAAACACUUAGCGCAGCAAACAAUGUUCUUUUACGAGACUAUUCCACCUCAAAAAAUGCUAAAGAGCAAUUGGAACCUCUUCUUCAAAGACUAGAUUCAGAAGUCAGAAGAUUUGGGCGCAUAUCAAAACGAGAUAUUGAUGAAGUGUUUGAUGAAAUUCGAUCAAAACAUGAUAUCACAAGUUCUCAGUCUUUACUUGUAAUCAGAUGUUGUGGUGAAUUGGUUCCGGAAGAAUUGCCUGAACAGAGAACUUUAUUAGUUCAAAAAAUAUGGAAUGUUCUCACUGAAAGAGGUAUCCCUAUGGAUAUUUCUCACUACAAUGCACUGCUUAGAGUCUAUAUUGAAAAUGAGCACCCAUUCUCACCAGCAAAGUUUCUUGAAGAAUUGGAAAGCAAAGGCCUGCAGCCCAACAGGGUAACAUAUCAAAGACUAAUGUGGCGAUACUGUCAAGAUGGUGACGUAGAAGGUGCCACCAAAGUUCUAGAAAGAAUGAGAGAACUCAAUCUACCAGUUUCUGAACCUGUGCUCAAUGCUUUAGUAAUGGGACACUCUUUCCAUGGCGACACUGAUGGCGCAAAAGCUGUAUUAGAAACUAUGGCAGGUGCUGGACUCCAACCUACGAACCGUACUUAUAUGUUACUGGCUUGCGGUUAUGCGAGAAAAGGUGAUAUUGAUGCUGUGAAUGAAGUUAUCAAAAAUGCAACAGAAAAAGAUGUAUAUAUGACUGAUAAGGACAUCUUAGAUAUAAUAGAGCACCUAGCCAUUGGAGGACAUGGUAAUAAAGCUGAACUAUUAUUCAAUCAUUUGCAAAAAGGAAUAGGAUAUAAUCAAGAUGUAUGCAACCUCAUUCUUCGAUUACUCAACAAAAGACAAAUUGAAACUGCCAUGAGAGUUAUGAAGACAAUGCCCAAAGCAGCAAAUGUUGAUGACACCAUAUUCAAAGGAGCCUUUUUUGUUAAACAACUUUUAAAAGUAUCUAAUGACCCUGAUGCAAUUAUUCAAACUUGCAAAGAGUUGCAGACAGAAAAUCUAGUCCCUAGUUCUCUUUUCAUUGCGACUGAAAUGGCAUUACAAUUGGGUCAUGUUGAACUGUCACAAAAACUUUUUAAGGAAAUCGAGAAGGAAGGAAUUGAAAUCAGACAACACUAUUAUUGGCCUCUUUUAGUUCAGAAAGGGAAAGAAGGUGAUGAAGAAGGACUUCUCCAACUACUUCGCGAUAUGUCUUCUCAGGGCCAGACAGUAUCAGGGGAAACAUUAAAGGAUUACGUCAUUCCAUAUUUGAUGAAGAAAGAUUCACCACAUAAUGCUAUUCUGAAACUACAAAUUGCAAACGUCCCGAUAAUUCAUAGUGCUAGAAUUUUGAUGACGGAUCUUUUGGAAUCGGGAAAAAUUAAAGAAGCUUCAGAAAUAGCUUUGCAGUAUCGUCUUAGAGGCCAAUUUUCUUUGGUGUCACGUCCCUUACUUAACGCCUUAAAUAAAACAAAGGAUGUUAAUUCCUUUGUUUCAAUAUUACAUGUGAUGAGUAGUAAACCAAUGGUAAGUAAAGUAGAUGAUGAACUGACUAAUGAGGAUGAAGCUGAUGAUAGAACUGAUACCUUUGAAAUUGGACGAUUAGUCAAAAGUGCAGUAAAACUUUUGCCGAAAAAUGAUUCUGUAGAAUCUCUGUUAACUGCAUUACAUUCUAAAGGUAUAAGACUCGACACAGAAGCAGCUGAAGCUAUACAACAAACUCUUGGUAAGAAUAUGACUACAAAGUUGUCAGAGCUUUUGACCCAGCUCACAGCUGCAGAUUUGGAGCUAGUUGCAAUUCAAGGCCCUCAGCGAGAGCGAGUGAAUACUCCUCGUACAGCUGCUCAACUUGAAUUAUUAUUGGAACAGAUCAAGAAUCGAGGAGGAAACAAUAUCGAGCGUCUUCAGAAACAAUUAUUAUAUGCAUAUAUCAAAGAAAAUAAUGCAAGUAAACUAGAAAGUUACUUGCAAGAAUUGAAAGCUUCAAAUUUCGAAUUCAGCCCAGCCAGUCUAGCCCAGCUGUAUGAAUUUUAUUGCUCUAAUGAUGAAAUAGAAAAGGCCAAUGAAUGUCAGGCUCAAAUAAAAGAGAAGAAUCCAAAUUUCGUCCUAAAUAGACAUAAAUUAGUUCUUAUGGCAAAUGCUUUAAUAAGAGCCAACAGAUUUGAAGAGGCCAUUCAGUUUUUGCAGGACAAUAAGCCUACAGAGGACUUUGAAAACAUCGGCUUUGUGUUCAAUUCGAGAUGUUGGCAAAUGUUAAAUAAUUUAGCGGAACAGAAAGAUGAAGCUAAGGUUUUAUUAUUAACAAAAACCUUAAUUGAAAAUAAUUAUGUUGAGCCAUCAAAUGUCAUUUUGGGUCCUUCCAUAAAAGUAUUUUUACUGAAAGAGGAUGUCGAGGGAGCCCUACAGCAGUUCCAACAAUGCUGUAAUCAAUACAGAACCACUCCUUGGAAGGGUGAACUAAUGAAAGCUCUGAUCAUGAAGGAAGAUGCUAAUAAACUUCAAUGGUUGGCUGAUCUAAGUACACAGAUACACGGUGAAGUAAACAUCCUUCAUGACUUGGUACUAGCGUUUGUUGAAUGCGGCCGUUUACGACAAGCUCGACGUAUACUAGAAACACCUGGUAUGCAGACUAGACAGAGACGCCUGGAAGACGCAUGCCAGCGAUAUGUCGAGGAGGGAAAAUCAGAAUAUUUGGAAGGACUACUCGAGGCGACAAAAGAAUUAUCACAUAUCGACAGAUCAAACAUAUUCUAUCAUUUACUAAAAUCCUACUGCAAGGCUGACGAAACUGACAAAGCUUUGGGCUUGUGGACAUUACUUCAAGAGGAAGGCGAAAUACCUAGUGACCAAUUCCUUUUGCAACUCGGGAAACAUCUAAGACAAAAGAACAGGGAAGUCCCAUUUAUUAUGCCUGACCAGGACAAGCAUAAACCACAGGCCAAAACACAGUCAAAAGAUAAACCAAAAGAACUAUCACAGAAAUCAAGUCAGAAAGGAAUGAGCAACACUAUUGAAGCACUUAUCCAAGACAAUAAAAUCACGGAGGCUUACGAAUUAACAUUGAAAUCUUUCGUAGAAGGUUUCACUCCUAAAAGCUCGGUAUUAAAGUAUUUGCUUAAAACUCUCGCUGAAGCUGGCCACGUUGAUAAGAUACUGGAAGUGGGUAAAUAUACAUCUGACGCUCUAAAAAAACUUAUUACAUACGACGACAAAUUGACACUCGCUACAUUUAGAAAUGGAAAUGGUAUUCAGCAUGUUGAAAAUUUAUUGAAAGCAGCUGAAAGUGCAAAAACGCCGGAGGAUAUACAAGUGAUUGUCCAAAAGUUUCCAAGGAGUAUUGCCUUAGCAUCUGUCAUUGGAGACAAUGAACUUGUUAUCAAAUGCCAAAAAGUUGCUGAAAUAGUCGCUUCUAAAGGCCACAUCAUUCCCAUGAACUUGCUAUGGAUGGAAUAUAUUUUAGCAGGAAAAGAGAAAGAAGCCAAAGCUGUCUGGAAUCAAUGGCUGUGCAACGCCUCCUCCCUUCUAUUCAGGAGAUUACUUCAAGAAAGCCAUAACAGAAAUGACCCACAGAUUAUAAUAAAUCUCAUUGAUAAUCUUAAAUCAAACAAAGAAGUUUCAAAGGGUUCAUUCGGUAAUGUCUAUUCCCGCUUAAUAAAUUUAUAUCUGAUGAAUAAUAAAAUUGAAGAAGCAGAGAAAGUGUUAAAUGAAGCUAUCGAAAUCGGAUUGGAUACUGAACAUUUUAACAAAAAUUGUCUAAACAGAUUGAAAGACGCUUUAAAAGACGCUGGAAAGGAAUUUAAUUAUUUUAAAUAAGUUAAUGUUUGAAGACAUUAUAUUAUCUAGCAUAGUGAAAAAUAAAAUUGAAAUACAAGAGUUGGCUUAUGUAUGCAUUUAUGUUCAUAAAUUGUUUAAUCUGUGGUUUCAAGUAUUGAUAAUGUGAUAGUAUACAAAAUAAUCUUUAUUUGAACAAAGUGUUUUCCAUAAGUUUGAUGUUAGCUGAUACCUAAUAAAUUAUGUCCUGUA